GUUGUGAGAAAAAAAUCGAAGUGCGUUGGGAUUCCAGGAUCAGGAGCGACAGGAAGAGUCUUACGUAAUAAAAAGUAAUUUGCAUACCCUGAACCCUGAGUUCAUGGGAUGUACAUUGGGGGCAUCAUGAUUGGGGGAGCCAUACUACCCUCUCGACAUACAGACAUCCCUUGUCCUCAUAUGCCCUACAUUCUAUUCUGGCUAUCAUUCAUUUCAUCUGGUGCUGAAUUAUGGAUUCAUCUUCAAGUGAUGAGGAGAUAAAUCCAUAUCUACAACAUUACUUCCAACCCGGAGACCAGUCGUCGUCUCCAGGACAGCAACUUGAUCAGGGAGAGUGGUUGGAUGCAUCUAGUGGGCCUCCUACUAGUACUGGCGCUGAGUCAUCAGUGGCAGUACAACGGGGGCGCGGACGAGGGCGCGGACGAGGUCGCGGACGAGGUCGCGGACGUGGUUCGAAUCGAGUGAGAGGCCAAGGACCAAGGUCCAGAGGACGCGGUCGGGGGAUCAAUCGCGAUGCUGGAGCCGGAGGAUCGAGCUCUGGACAAACAUCUCGGAGCAGGCCGAUUGCUCGACAGACAGGUAUAUUCGGUCGCCAAGUCCAAACACAUAUCGUUGAACGUCGUGAAGAGCGACUCCAAGAACUGCGGGAGCUUAUUCUCAACUUUACCUUGGAAGAAAUUCAGCAGUUAAUGCUCAGUGUAGCUGAGCGUAAUAGUGGUAUGCUGCUUGAUCUCAUGAGAGCACCCCCUGAACCAGAGCAGCAACCACAACCACCUGAAAAUUUGUUGCCGGGAUGGUGCGUCUGCACAAAUUGUAGGCCAAUGCGGCGAGAUGUUGAGAUGGUGUGCUGUGGGCUCCAGCCAGUAAAUUGUAUUUCACUUACAGAGCACUUUGCAGCAAUUCUAGACCCUUUUGUGGUCAACCUUCAGAGACGAGGUGCCCGUGAAGCUCACAAUCUAGAAGAUGACAAUCAGGCACCUGGUGCAGAGCACAACCGGAUCAGGUGGCAAGUCUAUCGGUCAUAUACUUUGUGGCAGCAUGGACGUCUCGGUGCUGGGAAUAGGGUUGUUAUUCCAAGUUGUGUUGUGAGCCGUACAAGAUCUCGCUACCCAGAUCCCAAUGACCACUACACAGGUUUCCAUCAUGCAUUCUUGUGAGGUUUUCCAUCGGUGGCCUUGGAAGUGGUGCCAGACUUCUACGGAUCUGCCUUGGGUCAUUUGGAAGCAUUACUGCUGGCCGAUGCAGAGG